AACUGAAGAUUUUUAGUUCAGGAGUCGGUUUUGUUUGAGUUAUUUUGACAGCAGACGCGAAAAGUUUUCAGGCUCCCAAAAGCCUUUCGCCUGCUAGCGUUAGCUUAGCAUCGGCAGUGACGAGCUGAAAUAUUAACGCAGAGAUUCACUCAAAACGGAACAGACUGUGCAGUGGAUCGAGAAUGGGUUAAAGAAUUAGCACAUAAGGCUGUGAAGGCCCUUCUCUACGUGGCUUUGAUGGAUUAUGAACUCCAGUAAAGCACCGCGCUACAACCGUUUCUCAGGAGGAGCGUCCACUACUGCUACGGUCAACAUCUGCUCAUCUGACGUCAGUAACGGGACCAGAAUGGAAUCUACUUUUGGACCAACAUUUUCUGCAGUUGCACCAGUUAGCAAAGCUGAGACAACCAGUAAUUACAAACAGCACCGCAGGACCCCUUCGUCCUCCAGCACCCUGACCUACUCUCCACGGGAUGACGACGAUGGCAUGCCCCCCAUUGGAACUCCACGCCGGUCAGACUCCGCCAUUUCCAUACGCUCUCUUCACUCGGAGUCUAACAUGUCUCUGCGCUCCACGUUCUCCCUGCACGAAGAGGAAGAAGACACGGAGCCACAGGUGUUUGCAGAGCAGCCCUCAGUAAAGCUGUGCUGCCAGCUGUGCUGCAGUGUGUUUAAGGACCCCGUCAUCACCACCUGUGGGCACACUUUCUGCAGGCGGUGCGCCUUAACCUCAGAGAAAUGCCCAGUGGACACCUCGAAGCUGACUGUGGUGGUGAAUAACAUUGCUGUGGCAGAGCAGAUCGGGGAGCUGUUCAUCCACUGUAAAUACGGCUGCAGGGCGGCAGCCUCGGGUAAACCCGGAGCCUAUGAGGUCGACCCGCUGGGCUGCCCCUUCACCAUCAAACUCAGCACCAGGAAAGAUCACGAGGGGAGCUGUGACUACAGGCCAGUUCGCUGCCCAAACAACCCCAGCUGCCCUCCACUGCUCACCAUGAACCUGGAGGCUCAUCUGAAGGAGUGCGAACACAUCAAAUGCCCUCAUUCCAAAUAUGGAUGCACCUUCAUUGGUAACCAGGACACGUAUGAAACUCACCUGGAGGUCUGCAAGUUCGAGGGUUUGAAGGAGUUCCUGCAGCAGACAGACGAUCGCUUCCACGAGAUGCAGGUGACUUUGGCUCAGAAAGACCAGGACAUCUCCUUCCUCCGCUCGAUGCUCGGCAAGCUGUCUGAAAAGCUGGACCAGCUGGAGAAGAACCUGGAGCUCAAGUUUGAUGUGCUGGAUGAGAACCAGAGUAAGCUGAGUGAAGAUCUGAUGGAGUUCCGUAGAGACGCUUCUAUGCUUAAUGAUGAGCUGUCUCAUAUUAAUGCCAGGCUCAACAUGGGCAUCCUGGGCUCAUACGACCCUCAGCAGAUCUUUAAGUGUAAAGGCACGUUUGUGGGCCACCAGGGGCCAGUGUGGUGUCUGUGUGUUUACUCCACUGGUGACCUGCUCUUCAGCGGAUCCUCUGACAAAACCAUCAAGGUUUGGGACACUUGCACCACGUAUAAGUGCCAGAAGACACUGGAGGGGCAUGAUGGGAUUGUGCUGGCGUUGUGUAUUCAGGGGAAUAAGCUGUACAGUGGUUCUGCUGACUGCACCAUCAUUGUCUGGGACAUUCAGACUCUGCAGAAAGUGAACACGAUCCGUGCACAUGAUAACCCUGUGUGCACACUCGUCUCCUCCCAUAACAUGCUCUUCAGCGGCUCCCUCAAAGCCAUUAAGGUGUGGGACAUUGUUGGAACAGAGCUGAAGCUGAAGAAAGAGCUGACUGGUUUGAAUCACUGGGUUCGAGCUCUGGUUGCGUCUCAGAACCAUCUGUACAGUGGAUCCUACCAGACCAUCAAGAUCUGGGACAUCCGCUCUCUGGAGUGUGUCCAUGUCCUCCAGACCUCCGGGGGCAGCGUGUACUCCAUCGCAGUCACCAACCACCACAUUGUGUGCGGCACCUACGAGAACCUCAUCCAUGUGUGGGAUAUUGAGUCUAAAGAGCAGGUGCGGACGCUGACAGGUCAUGUUGGCACGGUCUACGCCCUGGCGGUCAUCUCCACUCCAGACCAGACCAAAGUGUUCAGUGCCUCCUAUGACCGCUCCCUCAGGGUGUGGAGUAUGGACAACAUGAUCUGCACCCAGACUCUGCUAAGGCACCAGGGCAGUGUAACGGCGCUUGCUGUCUCCAGGGGGCGCCUCUUCUCUGGAGCUGUGGACAGCACAGUGAAGGUGUGGACAUGCUAAAGGAGCCACCAUGCUGGACUGUGAUGACCACACUACAGCUCUCCCUCACCACAUAGAUCUCCGAUUAACUCAGUCCGAGCUCUACAUACCCUACGGUUACGUUCAGAUCUCAUUGCUUUCAGAGGACACAAAGGAUGGGAUCGGGAACGUGUUUGUUUUUCUGUUUGUGAUUUUUCUUUUUUUUUUGUGAUGUGGACACAAACUCUAGACCGAAGAACUGGGAUCACAGUUGAAGAGGCCGCUUGCCUUACCACAAACGGUUUUUGGCCAUGGACAGCUUUACAAUGGCUGCCGUAACCAUGAUGAUACUGAAACUCUGUUUUGUAAAUAGACCACCUGUUCUGAUCUGUUUAAGCUCCAAGUGAUGAUGCUGCAGGCUCCGUUCUCCAGACAAUGAGCUUUAACCUCUCAGCUUAAAGCCUCGUGUUAACUGGCUAUAUAGGUAAAGAAACUUUGAGUUAAAGGGUAAUUCAGGAGUCGUGUUACAGAAACUUCUUCACUCUGAAAUCUGUUAUUUGGUCUCCAUGACGACUUCAGUCUGGGCUGAAUUUGGGACCGUAGCUAUUCCAGAACAACAGUUCCUAACUUCAUAAUCACAUCAUUAACUCCAGAUAAGAAAACAGCAUCACAUAAACAUCCUAACUUCUUCUUUCGGCUGCUCCCUUUAGGGGUCGCCACAGCGGAUCAUCUGCCUCCAUCUUGCCCUAUCCACUGCCUCCUCUAC